AUGACACCAAAAAUAUUCCAACUUAAAAUAGAUGAAGAAGAAAACACAGCUGUCUAUGCAAGCCUUAAAACUGGUCAUGAAAAAAGAAGAGUUAAAGACAAUAGAAUACUCAGUAUAUUGAGGGACCAAAAGACUACCUUUGCAGGAAAUAUAUUUGUUGUAAGCCUGGCUGUGGCAGAUUUGGUUGUCGCAAUUUAUCCAUACCCUCUUGUGCUGACAUCAAUUUUUCACAAUGGUUGGAACUUGGGUAACCUUCAUUGUCAAAUCAGUGGUUUUGUGAUGGGACUAAGCAUCAUUGGAUCAAUUUUCAACAUCACAGGAAUUGCUAUUAAUCGCUACUGUUACAUAUGUCACAGCCUCAAGUAUGACAAAUUAUACAGUGACAAGAACUCCCUCUGCUACGUCAUUCUGAUUUGGGUCCUAACAGUCAUUGCCAUUGUACCAAAUCUGUUUGUUGGAUCUUUGCAGUAUGACAACAGGGUUUAUUCUUGUACAUUUGUUCAGUCUGUGAGCUCAACUUAUACAAUUGCUGUAGUUUUCUUUCAUUUCAUGCUCCCAAUUAUCAUAGUAACUUUCUGUUACUUGAGAAUAUGGAUACUAGUUAUUCAAGUAAGAAGAAGGGUGAAGCCUGAUAACAAACCAAAGCUGAAGCCCCAUGACCUUCGUAACUUUGUCACCAUGUUUGUAGUGUUUGUACUUUUUGCAGUCUGCUGGGCACCGUUAAACUUUAUUGGCCUUUCUGUAGCAGUCAGCCCUGAAACUAUAGGCAUCAGGAUUCCAGAGUGGCUCUUUAUAGCAAGUUACUACCUGGCAUAUUUCAACAGCUGCCUCAAUGCAAUCAUCUAUGGACUUUUAAAUCAGAACUUCAGAAGAGAAUACAAAAGAAUUAUUAUUUCUAUUUGCACAGCAAAAAUGUUCUUUCAGGACAGCUCCAAUGAUGCAGCUGAAAGAAUCAAAAGCAAGCCAUCACCUUUAAUAACUAACAACAACCAAGUGAAAGUGGACUCUGUUUAA